AUGCAGACACAAAGGCCGCAGACGAAUGAAGUAACCAAUAGAAUGCUUAAAGGAAAGGACGCGCACUACAGUCACUUGCUCCUGACAUCUGUCAAUGUGGUGGUUCUUAAAUACGAAGACAAGUGGGUUCCUGCAGAGAUUGAAGGAGCCAUCCAUUUAUACAAGAGAAAGGCAAUUCCAUCGACGGGAAUUCUUGUGCUUAACCGGAAGAAGCCACAGGACUUAUACUUGGCAAUAGAUCACACGAUAUACGAUAUAGAGAUAUAUGACAGGUUUAUUAUUGUAAAGAUCCAGGAAAAGAAGGAGCUAGAAAUAUUCGGGUUAUGGUUCUAUGAUAAACACGCCUGCAUGGAGACUGGUUUUAUUUUAACAGACCAGCUGGAACUCUUAGAAAGAUCAAAGAAAUUAUUAAUGAAAUGUAGAGCUGUGUAA